AUGGUCGAUUAUGAUGGCGGUGCAAUUGGACAAUCGCUUCGGCAGGCCGUGACAACGCUAUCAGGUCCAGGCUUUCCAAGUAUAAUCGAACGACCGACUUCGCAAUACGAGUCAGCAAAGAACGUUCACGAUGCAGUCUUCAGAGGCGACUAUUGGGCAGCUGUCUACACAACGGCUGGAGCAUCACAAAGACUUGCCGACGCGCUUUCUGGUGCUGGCCAGUACAAUUCUAGCGACGCUAUUAUUUACAUCUACAACGAAGCGAGGUAUCCCACAGCCGAAUCCGGAUAUGUUGCAGCCAACAUGCAACAGCUCAUCUCCGUCACCACAAGCGUGUACCACACGAUCAGCGGCACUUCAGCUCUGCAGACUAUCAACACUGCAUCAGACUCUGCUCGCCAAGCUCUCUUCAAUCCAAUUAUGCCGUCUUCCAUCAACAUCAAACCCACCCCACAAGGCACCAAAGUCCUCUACAGCACCGUCUCAAUGAUCAUGCCAAUCAUCAUGCAAUUCUUCUUCAUCAUGGCAGUCAACGGCGUCAGCGGCCACUUCGCAUUCUACAGCCACCUACCCCUCAAGGACAAUGGUAUGCUCCGUCUCGGGCUUUCCACGGUCUAUACCUUUAUCGGCGCACUUUGCACCGCAGGCUAUCAAUCUGCCUUUGAGGAGAGCGAUUGGCUUAGUCCCGGCCAGUUCGUGCUCGUGUGGAUGAUUAUCUGA